AUGGAUUGUUUACUGUGCAUGGAAACAAAACCGGAAGAUGAGGCCAAAUGUAUACAAGUAGAUUCAAUGCAAUGGCAGGAAUUGAAUAUAAAAUCAUUAAUUGAUAAACAUCUGUGGCCCAUAGAAUCUCCUCCAGUAAAAUCCUGUAUUUGCGAUGCCUGCUGGGAAGAACUAUAUGAUUUCCAUAAAUUCUAUAUGCGGUUGGAACAAAUACACAGUGAUCAUCGACUUAUCUUAAAAGCCGAAUCAGAUCCUCUGCAGCAGGAAGAUGCCAAACCGAAGGAUGUUUUUUUGAAAAGUCUACUGGAACCCGAGAUUGUUAUUGGCCAACAUUUGGAUGAACCAAUAGAGAUUAAACAAGAAAAUGAAGAACCCAUUGCUGUUGUAAUAAAGGGCGACAACAACAUUGACGCUGAGGCGGAUGAUGAGGGUGGUGUGGACAAGAAAAACCACAACAAUUCCGAAAAUUCACUUGAUAUAUUCGAAAAUGAACAGGAUCCAAUGGCAUAUAAUGACAAUGAGUGUGAUGAUGAUAAUAGCAGUGAUUCCAAUUACAGCAAUGAUGAUGAUUAUGAUGCUCCAGAUGAUGUUCAUACAGAUAGUGAUGACGAUGAUUUGCCAUUAAUACACAAAGUGAAACACCAAAUGAACAAAAAAUCAACACGAAAAGCCAAUAAAGCAACAAAAGAAACAAAUAAAGACGAAUCGGAAGAUUAUACAACAGAAAUUCCCAAAAAGAAAAGAAGAACGAAAUCCACAAAAUCUUCAGAGAAUAAUAGAAAACCCUCUUCCUCGAUGAAACGUGAAACAAAUCGCAAAACUUCAAACCUGCCCAAAAUAAAUCGUGUUGAGUAUGAUAAAUUUCUGCAGGAACAUUUCAAAAUGUCGUGUGAUAAAUGUCCGAAAACAUUUGAACGUUUUCGCCAGUUGUGUCAACAUUUUAGCCAGGAACACAAUGAACAGGGUUAUGUUAUGUGUUGUGCAACCAAAUUCUUUAAUCGUCGUCUUCUUGUCGAUCAUAUAAAUUUCCAUCUUGAUCCGGAGUAUUUUAAGUGCAAUCUUUGUGGCAAAGUUCUGACGAAACGUAUUUGCCUUAUCGGUCAUAUGAAAAUGCACGAGGAGAAGAAAUUCGCUUGUGAUAAAUGCGAUAAGAAAUUUGUACUGAAACAUAAACUGGAUAAACAUAAGCUGACCCAUUUACCGGAAUCGGAGAAGAAAUUUCCGUGCAAUGAUUGUGGUAAAUUCUACGCCAAUGAAUAUAUACUUAAUCAACAUCAGAAAGCGGUACAUCUUAAUAUCUAUGCAAAAGUCUGUGAGAUAUGUGGUGAAACUCUACCCGAUUCGCAUAAUUUUAAACGGCAUAUGGAAAAACAUGAAGGGAUUGUUCCGGUCAAAACAGCCAAGUGUGAUAUAUGUGGUCUAAUACUAACCAGUCAUCAUACCCUGAAAUUACACAAAGAACUGAAACAUCCGCCGGAGCGGCGUGAAUAUAAUUGUCAUAUCUGUUCGAAGGUUUCACCAAAUAUGCGUGCACUCAAGAAACAUAUACACGAAACCCAUGAAAUGGGUUAUCGUUUUAAGUGUACCAUCUGUGAAAAGCAAUUCAAGCGAGCGGAUAAUUUUAAGUCCCACAUGGCCAUACACACGGGCAAGCCUUUACAUCGUUGUCCCUGGUGUCCCAAGGAAUUCAAUUCGAAUGGCAAUAUGCAUCAGCAUCGAAAGAAAGCCCAUCCCGUUGAAUGGGAGGAGGCGCAACGUAAAAAGUAUUCAGGAAAUUUACCGCCUAAUUAUAAGAGACCAACACCUCCGGUUGCAGCCAGUAAUAGUAGUAGUAAUACAACCAUGCCACCACCAGCCACAACAAAUCAACCAACAUAA